CUGGACCACAUCCAGUUUAAGUAAAUCAUCUGGAACCUUACUACAACAAUUUGCAUGGUCCAAAAUUUACAGUUUCUUGGGUUGUUUUGCUGACAGAUAAUUGGAGUGACUGUGAUUGAAUUACGAGAGGUUCAAAGUUAUUUAUGGGAUAGUUUCUAUUUUGUGUCGUAUGGAAUUGAGUUCCUCUAUAGAAUUUUGAGGGGAUACUUAACAGUCCAACCUUUAUUUGACAGUCCUUUCACAUUGUCUGACAUCCUUAAAAUUGCGUAAAAAUGUCAAAACCAUCCUUAUUAGAGGGUGUUUUCAACAUUCAAAAUAACUAAAACAAUAUAAAAUGAGUAAACAAAGGAUAUGUCUUCACCUUUGUACCUGAAAACUUCUCAGAGUCGGUAGCACUGAAACCAUUCACAGCAUUCAAGAACUUCUCAACACAUUCAGCAGGAGAAAUGAACAGUUCCCGGCCAAAAAAACUCAAUUACUACUACAGGCAGUCGGUUUUAACUAAACCUGGGUGCAACAAUACAGUCACCGAGUUUUUGAUUAUUUUGUUGGCACAAACAGCUUUGUGAAUGAACACAUCAACUCCAUUGGGAGCCAAUUGUUGAAGUUGCUUGAAGGAAGCCUCAAUUUUGGUAUAUGGAUAACCCGCAUCGACAUAUAAGACGUUUAAGUUGUGUCUACCAAAAGCUUUCAAUGGGCACUCAGAGUUCUGUUUCUAACCCUUGCAAUUACCAAUCCAAUACCCCUGUUGGUACCGGUGACGAAGUAAGUGAGUCAGCGCAUGACUGUUAUCUCACUCAGUGUUGCUCACUUUCUAUCUCUCUAGAAAGCCGAAUGUGAUGGUGGAGUAUUGGUUGCUAAAUUAUACCCAUAGCUAUUCUCAGUGUUGGAUGAAUUACGCUUGGCAAACUGUUUUUGAUAAGCAGGCGUUAUCUUUUGCAGCCGGUAUUCUUAGCAUUUGCCUCAGCAUUGUCUUACCAUUUAAAUGUCCCCCAAAGUGGUACUUCUUGGGGACCGAUGGUACGAGUAGGAAAAGUUGACAGAAAUGAGGACAACAAUGGCUUUCAGGUCUUUCAAGUUGGUCAUUCUGCGAAUCUGAAACAGUUGACAUGUAAUAGUAGUUCUUAGAUUAGUGAAGCCCAAUCAAUAAUCCCAUAUUCUCUGUGAGAGGAGAGCUUAUGAAUCGCUUCCUAAGCCGAAGGCGCUUCAAAGGGGAAACCUUGGGCUCCUAGUCGUUAUUGUAUUCCAUGGUUGAGCAUAUUGAAAGGUGUGCUGACAUGAGGGUGGAAAGGAAAUUUCCUGGAGAUCUUCAUAUUCCAGGUGACUUGAAUUUAGUUUCAGCGACGUUUAAUCCCAGGUAUUAGUUCCAGAGACCUUAAUAUUAUAGGUAUCAUACUUGUGUUUAAUAUGAACUACAUUGACAACAAUAACACAAAUUGUAGUCCAAGUAUAAGCAACAUUCAAACCACCGCACUUCGAUGAGUACAUGGAAUCAUGAUUAUCAUAGGCCGCCUAGACACCUUUUAUUCUAUUCAAAAGAAACUUUUUCAUUCUUCAUUCCCCACUAGUAUGUAUCUCUAGACACAUAUCCAGUUGCCACUACCCCCUUUGUUCUCUUAUCACUACCAUAUACAAUCCUACCACCUUUCAUGUUCUCAGCAAAAGCGCGACUAAAUUCUCACAACAUUAAACGUGAAUGAUCCAUCCACAAUGAAAGUACCCAAAAUAACCAGCAUACUUCUUGUGGCAUUGAGCGCCAUCUCCGUGCUAAACUUCCUCUUGAAGUACUACACGUACUUUGUGCUCAUGGUCUCGUCGUCCAAGAAAACCGCCCACGAGGUUAACAACAUUGCAGAAGAAACUGGCGAGGUGCCUCAUCCACAUGAACUAUAUGUGCCAUUGUUGACGUUCAUACCGACAAAGUCCCCCGUUCUCACAAGACCCUGGGUGCUUGUAACCAGCAGUUUGAUCGAGGAGAACUUUGUGGGCUUGACUAUGAGCUUCUUCACCAUUUUCUACUUGGGCAAGUACCUAGAGAACAUCUGGGGCCACAAAGACUAUUCCUACUUCAUUGCCUGUAACGUGUUGAUUGGCAACUUGAUGGUGUAUACGCUAUUCUAUACGUGUCUGUGGAUGGGCCAGUUGCAUGAGGUGCCUCCGGUGGUGGUGACACCCAUGGCAGUGAUAAUGGGGUUUUUUGUGGCUAUCAAGCAGAGAAUCCCCUCUCAUUACUUACUCUUCUUCAAGGGCAAUGUGAGGGUUAAGAUCAAGUACUUGCCGUUUUUGUUGAUCGUAUCGAGCUUUAUGUUGCUGCUUUUGAGUGAAGAAUUUCGAAUACUGUUCCAUUUGUCGAUCAACGGGUUUAUCAUCAGUUGGGUGUACCUCCGGUUCUUCAAAGAGGGUUCCAACGAAGUACAGUCUUACUUGCUUCCGUUUCUGCUCACGAGAAAACGGUCAAGCAAGAAGAACUAUAAGGUCAAGAAGACGGAGCCCAAAGAAACCCCCAGCAUAUCCACCAACUCGAGUCUUCAUUUGGAGACAGUGCCCAUCAGAGGUGACCGAACCGAGCAGUUUGCAUUGUACACUUUUUUCCCGGCUCCGGUGUCACUAGUGGUGAAGGCCAUUUCAAAUAUAGUGUUCAACGUACUAGCCAAGUAUAAUGUCAUCGAUGCCAAAAGCUUUCUGCUAGGCGACCUGGAUGACGAUGACAGUGAACAGUUGAUGUUUGAAGACGUCCACAAACUCCAGUCCAAGCUCUUUGGGUUGUCUUCGUUGAAUGGUGCCCAAGAUGUGUCUACCAUUGCACACACCAAUUCCAAAUUCAAGUCGGUUUGGGACUGGGUAGUGGGUGGCCGGGGGAAGAAGGCUGGCGUCAAUACCAGCAUGGACAAGAGAAGGAAACAGGCCCUCAAAGAGUUUGAGUAGCAUUUAGCAUAUGAAGUAUACAUUUAACACCCACUCACCU